CAAAUGGUGGUGGUGAGGGUUAGGCUGCUAGGGCUGAGCAAGAUGUGGAGAGUUAGAACUGCGUGCAUGUUUCCGUGGGUCUAUGAGGACUCUUGGCUCAGGAAUUGUGCUCGCUCUCUGCUGAUGUUCCUUGGUGUUAUCUUCUGGGGCAAUGCAGCAGUUCUGACCUUUGGUGGAUGCUUUGUGAUCCUGUUUUCUGAGCUGAAGAGCACAAUGGGACAAGCCUUCAAUCAGUACAAUGGCACAUAUUCCCUGGCUCAUGGCAGCAGGACUGUGGAUAUGCUUCAGAAGAAGCUUCAGUGCUGUGGGCUCCACAACUACACAGACUGGCUGAAGGCAUCAGCUGCUUCUUGGCGUCUUCCAUCUGAAAGGUCUCGUGUUCCUAGAAGCUGUUGUAAAAAAUAUGUUGAUUGUGAAGGUGACUUAAGCCAGCUGGAUCAGCUUUUCCAGGAGGGCUGCCUAAGGAAACUGCAAGACCAGUUGCAUUACGGAAUGAAGUUCUUGUUUUCUUGCUGUGUUGUGCUGAGUGUCCUAGAGGUGCUGGCUGGAGUGAGCAAUGGCAUCCUCAUGAGCCAUCAGCCUUUCUAUGACUUCCGAUUUCUGGAAUCAUCUGUCUUCUCAUAGGUUCACAGCCACUGGCAGCAUUGCUGAACUUGCUUCUCUCUUGUGUUGUGACUGCAUUGAAAUAAAACUUUUAUGAUGUAUAUUUGCGUGUAAAUCAAACUAA